CCUAGGUUGUGGCGGUUCCCCGGUGAUUGCGCGCUGGGGGCUGAAGCGUCUACGGUUUUCGGACGAGGCCAUGACGGGGCUUAGCAACACCGUUGACAGCGUGAUCGCACCCCAGCAGAGGGAGCCCUUCGGUCUCAGACGCGGCGCGGCGUAGGAGGCAGGUCGCUGUUUGAGAGAGCUCCCUCGAAACCCUUCAGCGGGUGGGGGGAGGGGCGGCAGUCGACGCGCGAACCCCGUGUGCGCUUGCGCCGGCACCUCUGCCGACCCAGUCCACACGCUCGCGCAUGCCCAUAGCGCUCGGAGCCGCGGUGGCCGUCAGUACUGCGCGUGCGCGCCUAAAAGCCCGCUGAGGAGCGGCGCUGGCGGACGUCGGGCGGGCGGGCGGCCCGUGACGUCGUGAGGAGCGCUUUAAAGUGCGGGCCGGGCGUCUGAGGGUCUGACUAGGAGUCGGGUCGUACCUCUGCCGCCACCCUCCGCGGUAUGAGGCGCGGUCGGCGCCCCUGCCACCGGGGACGUGGAGAAGGUGGAGGAGGAGGAAGUCCCGUUGUCUGUACCGUUGCAUGACCCGCCGCCGCUGAGGCCCGACCCCUCGAAACCUCCCUCCGGAUUCUCGGGCUACGCAUGGGGGCCCGGCACUGAGGACCCCCUUCCCUCUGGGGGCUCCGGGCCCGUCUCCCAAGAGCCAUGCCCGCCCGCCCUGGAGGACCCUAGAGCAACGUCGCGGGGGCCAUGGCGGCAGCCAGCGGCUACACGGACCUGCGUGAGAAGCUCAAGUCCAUGACGUCCCGGGACAACUACAAAGCCGGUAGUCGGGAGGCCGCGGCAGCCGCCGCCGCCGCUGUGGCCGCCGCCGCCGCCGCCGCUGCCGCCGCCGAGCCCUACCCGGUGUCCGGGACCAAGCGCAAGUACCAGGAUGAUUCGGACCCGGAGCGCAGCGACUACGAGGAGCAGCAGCUGCAGAAGGAGGAGGAGGCGCGCAAGGUGAAGAGCGGCAUCCGCCAGAUGCGCCUCUUCAGCCAGGACGAGUGCGCCAAGAUCGAGGCCCGCAUCGACGAAGUGGUGUCCCGCGCCGAGAAGGGCCUGUACAACGAGCACACGGUGGACCGGGCCCCGCUGCGCAACAAGUACUUCUUCGGUGAGGGUUACACGUACGGCGCCCAGCUGCAGAAGCGCGGACCGGGCCAGGAACGCCUCUACCCGCCCGGCGACGUGGACGAGAUUCCCGAGUGGGUGCACCAGCUGGUGAUCCAGAAACUGGUGGAGCACCGCGUCAUCCCCGAGGGCUUUGUCAACAGCGCCGUCAUCAACGACUACCAGCCCGGCGGCUGCAUCGUAUCUCACGUGGACCCCAUCCACAUCUUCGAGCGCCCCAUCGUUUCUGUGUCCUUCUUUAGCGACUCCGCGCUGUGCUUCGGAUGCAAGUUCCAGUUCAAGCCAAUCCGGGUAUCCGAACCCGUGCUUUCCCUGCCGGUGCGCAGGGGGAGCGUGACUGUGCUCAGUGGAUAUGCUGCUGAUGAAAUCACUCACUGCAUUCGGCCUCAGGACAUCAAGGAACGCCGAGCAGUCAUCAUCCUCAGGAAGCCUCGGAUCCUGGAGAUGGACAAGGAAGAGAACCGCCGCUCAGUGCUGCUGCCCACACACCGGCGGAGGGGUAGCUUCAGCUCUGAGAAUUACUGGCGCAAGUCUUAUGAGUCCUCAGAGGACUGUUCCCAGGUGGCAGGAAGUCCUGCCCGCAAGGUGAAGAUGCGGAGGCACUGAGGCCUGCCCCACCCUCCUGGAACUCUGGUUAAUCCUCAUGUAGCUGCCCCUUUUUCUGUUUUGUUUUGAGGGUUUUUUUUUUUUGUGGGUUUUUUUCCCCCUAUAUAUUUUUUUCUUUGGUUUGUUGCCCAUUAAGGCUGAAGAACAGAAUUGGCCAAGAUCUGGGUUCUUCUGUUUUGGCUUUCCUCCUGGAUAGAAAGGCUGUUGGUGUCUGUAAGGGACAGAGCUCAUGCUGGAAUAGACAGUAGAGGUAUGAGGGAUAGCUGUGUUGGACUGGCUUUAUUUAAAAGGAACAAAAUGUUUUGGUUAAGGAAUUUUUGUUUUUGCUUUAAAUGUAAACUUCUUUGUUCUAAACAAGUUCAGCCUCCUGCCCACCCUUCCUCCACUAAUGUUCAUGCUUGGUCCAGUUUUAUUGGAGCCCUGUAGGCUCUGUUGUGGGGCCUACUAACCCCCCACCUCUCACCUGCUCUCCAGGCUCUGGAAGCUCAUGCAAACACCCUUGUCCUCCUGUUCUUUGGGUUGGUUGGGUGGGGGUACUUAGUGCCAGUCCUUGACACCCCAAAGCAAUUGCUGAGCGUCCUGGGCUUCCUCCAUGCCCUCUGGCCUGCUCUGCCCACCAUUCCUCCUUGCCAAGAGCAUGCCUCUUUGCUGGAUUGCCUUUUAGGCAUAUGCAUUUGAUUGUAUGGAACAGGUAGACUUGCCAUGUUGGAUCAGUUUUAGGAAUUGUUUCUAGCUAGGACUGGUGUCCUUCCAAGUCUAGCAUUUGGAAUAUGGGAAAUUGUUGUGGUGUGUGGUAGGAUUUUUUUUCUUCUGUUUUGGGGGGUUUUGUCUCCUCCUCCCUCUUAGCUUUCUCUUCCUUUUUUUUCUUCUUCAUUGGCCAGUUUGGGCCUCCUCCUCAUGUCAUCCUUCUAGGAGGGUGCCUGCCCCUAUUUCCUCCUGCAGCUUGCAUCCAAGGCCAGAACUCAGGCCUGCAGACUGGGUUGGUGCCUUCUCUGCCUCAGGGGUGUAGGAACUGGGGAAGGGGCUUCUAAAAAAUAAGUCUUCAGCAGUUUUUACCCACUCAGAUCCUGGAAGGCUGCAAGAUUUUGCUGAUCUAAAAUUCAUUAGGAAUGACUUCUUGCCAGUCAGGCCAGGACCUGAGCUUGCCAAAAGCAAAAGCCCUCCUGGCAACCGGGCCACCACCACUCCAGGAGGUUUUGUGUACAGAGACCUGGACCUGAAGCCUCAGAAGCUGCAGAAAUCUGGGGCACCACCAUCAAGAAGCCUCUCUCAGGGGCCAGAACUCCUUUGCCAGCGUGGAUUCCUCAAGUUGGGACUGCAUAACUAAAGCAGUUGCAGUUUUAUUUUUUUUACAGCUUUUUUCCCAAAAAAUGAUUUGUAGUUGUGUGUGCAGCACUUUGCCCUGAUAUGUGUGCUCUACAAUAAAAACCAAAUCUAAUAUAUUUUGAAA